GAAUUAAUCAAUGAAAAUCAUACAGAACAUACGCCUCGUCAUAUUGUAAUUCAACGAGUUGUUUCUAAACACACAUUCGAUGAGUGAAGUCCAGAAGGAGAAAUACAUGUGCAGUGUAAAGUUCGAUUUAAUGUAAAUGAGUGGUUUUUUUUUCUCAUCAUCUUUCUUGACCGGUAUUUCUUCUGAUUGACAACACAUUAAUUAAUUCCAGGCGAAUACUUUUUAUGCAUGACAAUAGGUACCUUUGAAACAGGAUGUAAAAUUUUUCAUCCUAGCAUCAUCAAGGAAUAGCUGAAAGCGCAGAAAGCGCCAUCUAGUUUAAAUCGAUUGUUGAGGUUAAAAACUGAGAUAUUUUUCCCUCAACGUCACACCAACUUGCACACGACUUCGGUCUCUACCCACAGAUGGACAUAGGACGUGAAGAUUCAAUAAUAAUAAGAAAAAAAAUGAGAUGCAACUGAGUAAACGGGGGAGACAAGUUUUACCGAGAAGAAGUGGUAACGAGUUUUUUUUUCUCAUCAAUUGAAAAAAUCUGUGCGUGAAGGACUCGUCCUCGUGUAUGCCAUGACUCCGCUUUUCACGGUUAUUCAACGUCACUGAUAAAUAUUCCAAACAUCGCUGGAGAGAAGAUAAAUCAGGUGUGGAAGAUGUUGAGUGUAAAUGCAUCGAGGGAAAUGGAGUUUAGAUCAAUUUCAAAAAUGUAAAUAGUUGAAUUUUUUGAAUUGUGCGGAGAAAUUUUGUGCUCCACAACAGGAUUGGAAUCAUGGCUUCGUCUACAAAGAGAUCCUGGAAGCUCCAGGAAUUGGUUGCUCAUACUUCUAAUGUCAACUGCCUUGCUCUGGGUCACAAGUCAGGACGUGUUAUGGUGACUGGUGGUGAUGACAAGAAGGUUAAUUUAUGGGCUGUUGGAAAAGAAAAAUGCAUCAUGAGUCUAAGUGGCCAUACAACACCAAUUGAAUGUGUCAGAUUCAGUCAGACUGAGGAUCUUGUUUGUGCUGGAUCCCAGACUGGUGCACUCAAGAUAUGGGACCUGGAGCAUGCUAAAUUGGCGAGAACACUCACAGGACAUAAGGGUGGCAUCAGGUGUGUCGAUUUCCAUCCCUAUGGAGAACUGCUGACCUCGGGAAGUCUCGAUACUGGAAUUAAACUCUGGGAUAUUAGGAGAAAGGGCUGUAUUUUUACGUAUAAGGGCCACAAUGAGACUGUUAAUUGUUUAAAGUUCAGCCCUGAUGGACAGUGGAUCGCCAGUGCUGGGGAGGAAGGCAUGAUCAAGCUAUGGGAUUUACGUGCUGGAAGACAACUUAAAGAAUUCACAGAGCAUAAACGCUCAGCCACAACCGUAGAAUUUCAUCCCCACGAAUUUUUACUGGCGAGUGGCAGUACUGACAGAACAGUCAACUUCUGGGACUUGGAGUCAUUCCAAUUGGUAUCAUCAAGUGAACAUAAUGCAGCUCCAAUAAAAUGUCUCCUAUUCAGUCCAGGAGGCGAAUGUCUAUUCACAGGCUGUCAGGAUGUCCUCAAGGUACACUGUUGGGAGCCAGCGAGAAAUUUGGACACAGUGCCAACAGGCUGGGGAAAAGUUCAGGACAUUGCAAUUGCCCAGAAUCAGUUGAUCGGUGCCAGCUCAAAUGGCUCGUCCGUUGUUUCAUUUGUCUGUGAUAUGAAGCAGAUUAAACCUUUCGGUAAUGUCUCGCAAUUUGUUCAUGGCAAUCCCACGAGGAAGAGUUUCUCCAGGGAGACCCCAGCGAAAAAGGCAUCUAUAAAUGUUAAGACCAUCGAGGAGGAUAAAUCUGGGACGGAUCCAGAAGACGAAGUAACACUUGCAGAAAUUCCAAAUGUCACGGAUUAUCAAGAUAUCUUCCAGCCUCAUCGAUCAUUGAAUCGCACACCGCCACCGGAACCCGAGGCUUUCCCGGUGCCUCAAGACAUAGAUGCAACUCAACCACAAAUUAUUCAAAACCUCUCUACCUCAAUGACGAGUUUAAGUACGACGGGAACACUGGACAAUGAUGAUGAUCUAUCACCGACAUCAUCGGUUCAGCCCCCGAGUUUAUCGAUGACAAAGCCAGUGCCAGUACGUGUCAAUCCAAUAAAAUCCUCACCACCACUGCAGAGGCACACGUUCACCUCAACAAGUCAGAUAAAGGCCAAUCUACAGGCCAACAAUAUUGCGAAAAAUACCAAGAAUUUUGCGCAAGUCCCUCCUAUGAAGCAGAGUAUCAUGCCAGUCAUUGGGAGGAAAUCUUCAGUGAAUCACUUGACCCAACCAAUGGGUCCUCAGCGUUCCAACUCAACGCUGACAUCUCGAGUGGCUCCUAUGGCAGCAGUGUCACCAGUUAUGGGUGAUGGAAAGUCCAAGAGUCGAGCUCCGAGUCCAGAUUCACCAAAACACUUUCUAAAACGCCAGACAAGUUGCAAAGAGACCGAGGGCUACGAGAGCGAUUUUCCAGUGAAAAUUAAUACAAGCAUUAGACACAGUCCAUCUGAUCCGGCCUUGAACAGGCCGAAUACCGGGCUAACUCGUACAUCGAUGGCUAGGAAUUUCAUAAAUUCUGGGGCACUCUCGGCGAGAAACUCGGUAGGGGGAAAGAAAAUUAAUCGAGCGCAGGUGCCACCUAAUCCAAAAGUGGACAUCAGGGUUGCACAGCUGAGGCCAAAUGUCCAGCCAACUGAGAAAGAUCACUUUGUACCCAUAUCACCUGAUAAAGCUGUGGGUCUGGAUGUUGAUGAUUUUUUGCCCAAUAGUUAUGGGGGCUCGGCGAGACUGGGCUGCAGCCAGGGAUUACCCGAGAUGUCGGAAGCUGAGGUCAUAAAUAGCAUUAUGCGGGGACAUGAAUCUAUGAUGACUGUACUAAAUAACAGGCACAGAUCGUUACAGAUUAUUUAUUCAUUAUGGCACAGCAAGGACGUGAAAUCGGCCAUUGACUCCGCUGUUACCAUGAACGAUCUCUCGGUGAUCGUCGAUCUGCUCGGAGUACUUACCCUCAAACCAACAAUGUGGAAUCUAGACAUCUGUAACUCUCUCCUGAGGCCGAUAGCCGAGCUCCUUCAAAGUAAAUAUGAAAUGUACGUGACGGUCGGUUCCGCUGCGUUGAAGCUGAUCCUACGGAACUUUGCCCCGGUGAUCAAGUCGAACGUCGAGGCGCCGCUGCACAGCAUCGGAGUGGAUGUUUCACGUGAGGAGAGAUACCACAAAUGUUUGUCAUGCUAUGAGAGACUAGAAGCCCUGAGGCCGAUAAUCCAGAAGAAACAGUCAUCCUCCGGUCAAAUGGGUGCUUCUUUCCGUGAGCUCAAUAUCUUAAUGAAUACACUGGUGUGACCGAGGCGUUUGCAGGCGGUCGUAUCGCCGAUGCCACGUCGAUCUUCCACGUUCAAGUGCAAACAUUGCCAAGCACGUGAAUCGAGACUGACAUAAACAAAAAAUCAAUUCUCAAACAAUGUGCCCCAAAAAAUUGGUGGCCAGUGUGGCCGAUAAUCUUGCCGGCUAGUCCCUUUCCACGAGAAUCGAAGACAGUAAUCUUCGAAUCAAUACAAGUAAACUAUUAAUUAACUAAUUACUACAGUCACUGGCUGCGCCAUACACUGAGUGACGAAAAUUAAGACUCAAUAAUAGAAUGAAAAAUAAAAAAUUAACAAACGACAUGUCUUUCGCUCAAAACUGAGACGAUGAGAGACAGAAAGAUGGUAAUUCGUCGAUUAUUUUCGGAUACGAUUUUGCCCCGUAUCUCUGUGAGAAUCAAGUGAUGAAGUAGGAGAAAGAGAUAAGUUGCAGGGGAAAGACUCUCAUAUCAUUGAAGUAAUAAAUUAGCUAUUAAAUAUAAAGUAUCGUGAUGGACAGCCUGCGCAUAACAUUGAAAAAUUCUGUAUUUUAAUCAUAUUUCAACACAUAUUUUGAUGCACUCGCAGGCAAAAUUCUCAGACGCUGAAGAACUUGGAACUUACCUCUUUAUUCCACUCCAAUUCCAAAAUUAUGCCUAAAGACAUUGAGAUGAGUGAUUUGCAUGAAUGGAGAGAUGAAGAUAAGUGAAAUGUAUUUUUGGAACGUUGAAACGAUUGGUAAUCCAAUCGCAUCGCUGGUAUUAUGUAAAUAAUUAUGUAUUAAUCAGUCUAAUAGAAUCAUAAUUGAUGUGAGAUAUUAGUCCUUGUUUUUUUAUGAAUAUUAAAAUGUAAUUUUUAAUUAUUUAUGUAUUGUGAAUGACAGUGAACAAAAAUAUGAGCCCAGUGAACUCAAACAGAUAGCGUUAAUUCGACAAUCACGAGAUUCCGAUAGCAAUUGAUUGAUUUGAAAAAAAAUACGCGGGUACGCUCUGAAAUCCUUUUUCCCAUGUCGACUGAUUCGAGAAAUGAGAAUUAUAAUGCGAGACAAAUCGAUCGUCGGUCUCCUCUUUUCCAUCACCUUUUCGAGUUUCUUUACAAGCGAUCAAGCAUGAUUCAAGCCUAAUCGGUAGUCUUUUUUGGUACUUUAGGUAAAAAGUGAUAGAAAUUCAGUAAAAACAGAUAACUGUCUUUCUAAUAAACUUUUUUAUUUUAUUCCGCGCCAUCAGUUGUUGUUUCCGUUGGUCCUUUGUUAAAAGACAUUGAUGAUUGAAGUUACUGUGAAGUAUGUGUUAAUUUAGUGGAAAUUCUGAAGGCCAACGGUCUGAGUUAUUAUUAAAAUUGAAGCAAUAUUUAUUUUACGAUGAAAACUUUUCAGUUUAAACAGAUCUUUUGGUCUGCUUGAAUUAUCGAAUGUUGAGUGGUUUGUUAAAGUAUUAAACUUGGAAGUAAAUUCCUCCAAGAGGUUCGAACCCUGGGAUAAUCAAGUGCUGAGUGUAUUCGUUAAAUUGAUAUUGAAUGGAGUGUACAUGCUAUUUUCAUCAUAUUUGAAUUACGAGAAUGAAUAUUAUUUCAGUUUUAAUAGUAUUUUCAUGUGAUGGUGAUGUAUGAACAAAAUGUGAAGAAUACGAGUAAACUCGUUAAAUCCGUCCAUUAAGUAAUUUUUAUAAUAACGAAAUGAUGAGUGUGAGUUCUGUGUACUUAAAGCGUGCCUGUCAUAUUUAUAACAUUUGUUUUGAUCUGUCAAUUAUUCCGUGGCAUGAUGAAACAGUCCCGAUACAUUUGAUUUGAAUUUUAAUUGUCUAUUGAAAUACUCCAUUACGUUUUCUCCGAGACUGUAAAUCCCGUCUUCUCGAUAAUCUUUAUUUCCAAUUUAUUGUUUUGAGUAUUUACUGCCAGUGAGGGCACGGAAAGAAUGAAACAUGUGUACAUUGAAUUCAUGAAUUGCGCUUUUAAAUAAUGUAGAUAAUUGUGUUAAUUCAAUGAGCUUCGGCCUUCAAUAACGAUCUCCUGUAAUUAUCUUUAUCCUGGGUUCCUUAUUGUUUAUUCCUCACGGAGUUAAGCGUGGGUACAUAUCCUCAUUAUGAGCUUGUCGAAUGGCAUUAAUAAAUUAACCAUUUUUUCAAUUUUAAUAAUAGUUUAAUGUAGUCGACCAAUCGUAUUGUAAAGAAAAUGUCAAUGAUAAUUAAUGAGAAACAGAUAGAAAAUAUAUUAAAUAAUUUCCUUACCAAA